AUGUCAAGUCUAUCCGCCGGCGUAGUUGGCGUCCGUCAACAAGGCUCAUCCGCCAACAGUCCAAUCUAUCAAGUUCCCUUUGGCACGGUUCAGCUCGCCUCCUCCAGCAAAGACAGUGACGGCAACUUCGACCUCGCAGCCGGCUUCUCCGCCCCCGCCGACUUUGAGAACCAAGAAGAGCAAGACGAUGAGGAAGGCGACGACGACGACGACGACGACGACGGCGACUCCGAAGAUGGCGGCAAGGGUAAAGGCAAGAAGGGCAAACGCUCACACACCGAAGCCAAGGGAGAACGCGAUCUCAAGACUGGUCGCCGCAAGAUCAAGAUCGAAUUCAUCCAAGGCGAUGCCCGCAGGCAUAUCACUUUCAGCAAGCGUAAAGCUGGUAUCAUGAAGAAGGCUUACGAACUUGCUACGCUUACAGGAACCCAAGUUUUGCUCUUGGUCGUCUCGCAGACCGGCCUUGUUUACACUUUCACAACGCCCAAGUUGCAAGCGCUUGUGACGCAGGCUGAGGGAAGGAACCUCAUUCAGGCCUGUUUGAACGCUCCUGAUCCGCCCAACGGUGCUGGGGAGAGCGGUGGUGAACAACUUUCUGGUGAGGAGGCGAGUGAUGGUGACGGUGGUCUUUCGCCUUCCGGAUCGCAGGCUAGCUCCAACAAGCGCGCUGCUCAGAACCGAAAGCGUCCUCGUACCAACUCCACUGGCAACUCUUCCAAGGCUUCUGCUUCCGCUGUUGUUGCCGAGGACGAUGCCACUGCUGCUUCUGGCUCUCAACUCGGUACUGCUAAGCGUGGUCGUGGUAGGCCCAGAAAGAACACUGCCGGUCGUGCAGCUAGCUACGCCGACAACGCUGCCAACACUGCCCCAGCUACUGACGCAACCCUCCCUAUGCCCCCACCUCCCAUGCAUCAAAGCUACAGCGACGAUGCAGUCCACCAUCACCAUCAGCCGCAAUACAUCCACGUGCCCUCGGCAGAGUUUAACGGCUACAAUGCUGGUGGAUUCUACGGUGACACGUCCGCAGCUGCUGGCAACCACGACCUUAACUUUGGUCAACAGCAGGCACACACCGCAAACGGACUUACGGUCGACGCAAACCAAGCAGCGUGGAAUCAGACCAUGUCGCCCUCAACAAACACGCAGAAUAUGUUCUCCAACGAUCCGCACCAGCAACAUCAUCAUCAUCAACAGCAACAACAACAACAGCCACCAUCCGUCUUCAAUUACGGUUCGGCAGCAGCCAAUUUCGGCCAUUUCAAUCCACAGCAGUUGGCGUCGAUGCAAGCACGGGAGAUUCAGGCUCCGAGACCUGCCUGGUGA